AUGCUUUCACCAGUGCUGCUCAUGGUGGCCUUGCUUUCUGUCCUUACCCUCACCAUGGAGUCUGACCACUGGACAGCAGACCAGCAGGAAAAGUAAGAUCAGGAUCUUGCAUUGUAAAUACAUCAAUCCAACGGUGUAAUGUAGAUCAACCAAGUGCAGAAGUUGGAUUUUCAACUUCUAUAGUACAUGUCGAUUUUUGACUAUAAUACUAUAUUUUGGGACAAGCAUAGUUGCAUGUGCCUCUAUCAUGAGUGUGAUGUAUUGUUAUGUUCAAAUAUGAAAUAGUCUUGGGCAUUAGGAUACAGAAUCAUUCUAUCUCUCCCAGGUUCUGUACAUGGCAGUGUUUGAAGUUUACUCUGCAGUGGCCUGGGAGCUUCUGUUUGGUGAGGUCAACCACUUCUCCAUAGCACUUCACCAUCCUCAUCGUCGUCAAUCACCCAUUCUUGUUAUUCUAACUCAAUCUAACUCUGCACAGGGUCUAAAGAAUUCAUCUCAAUGCAGAAUACCUCCAAACAUCCAGAACUGGACUAUCCAUGGACUGUGGUAAAAACACAUUUUUAAAGGGGAAAUGUGUGAAUGGUACAUCCAUGUUUGAACUUUUAAAUUAAUUGUAUAUACCCAUAGAUUUUUGUCAUUCCCCAUCAGAAUAAAACCUUUUGACUGAUCUUAAUAAACUGAAUGAGAAUGCCAAUUCAUAUCUGAUCAUUUUUCUGUUUUUGACCUAGGCCUUUGAAAGCUCAUACAUGUUGCCUCUGCUGGCCAAUAUUCCACUCCGACCUCAAGGUAAAACAUGUCUCUGGUUACAGUCACCAUCGAAGGACAAUGAAGAAUCUGUGUGUUCAGAAGUGAUCCCUCUUUCUUUCAGGACCUGGACCCUGAACUCUCUCAACUUUGGCCAUCCCUACUCAAGACCCACUCCAGUUUUCUCUUCUGGUAAGAGGCAGGAUGGGGGUCAAUUUCGAAUUGAAUAGCUUCUCCUUUUCAGUUUAUUGAGAAGUCAUUAAAAAGAGAUGGCCUUUUUUAAAUUAUUGAAUUGGAAUGUCAGUUUACUUCCUGAAUUGACUGGCUUCAAUUCGAAUGGACCCCAACCCAGUUAAAAGGUCUUCUUACCAAAUUUGUUUCUUCAACUUUUACACUACCUGUUUCACCAUCUAUCUCUAAUAUACAGUGCAUUCGGAAAGUAUUCAGACCCCUUUACUUUUUCCACAUUUUGUUACGUUAGUCUUAUUCUAAAAUGGAUUAAAUUGUUUCCCCCCCCCUCAUCAAUCUACACACAAUACCCCAUAAUGAAAAAGCAGAAACAGGUUUUUAGACAUUUAUGCAAAUGUGAAUAAAAAACGGAAAUAUCACAUUACAUAAGUAUUCAGACCCUUUACUUAGUACUUUGUUGAAGUACCUUUGGCAGUGAUUACAGCCUCGUGUCUUCUUGGGUAUGAUGCUACAAGCUUGGCACACACUCUUCUCUGCAGAUCCUCUCAAGCUCUUUCAGGUUGGAUGGGGAGCGUCGCUGCACAUCUAUUUUCAGGUCUCUCCAGAGAUGUUCGAUCGGGUUCAAGUCCGGGCUCUGGCUGGGCCACUCAAGGACAUUCAGAGGCUUGUCCCGCUGUCACUCCUGCGUUGUCUUGGCUGUGUGCUUAGAGUCGUUGUCCUGCUGGAAGGUGAACCUUUGCCCCAGUCUGAGGUCCUGAGCGCUCUGGAGCAGGUUUUCAUCAAAGAUCUCUCUGUACUUUGCUCCGUUCAUCUUUCCCUCGAUCCUUACUAGUCUCCCAGUCCAUGCCGCUGAAGUCCAUGCCGCUGAAAAACAUCCCCACAGCAUGAUGCUGCCACCACCAUGCUUCACCGUAGGGAUGGUGCCAGGUUUCCUCCAGACGUCACGCUUGGCAUUCAGGCCAUAGAGUUCAAUCUUGGUUUCAUCAGACCAGAGAAUCUUGUUUCUCAUGGUCUGAGUCCUUCAGUGGCUUCCGUCUGGCCACUCUACCAUAAAGGCCUGAUUGGUGGAGUGCUGCAGAGAUGGUUGUCGUUCUGGAAGGUUCUCCCAUCUCCACAGAGGAACUCUUGAGCUCGGUCAGAGUGACCAUCGGGUUCUUUGUCACCUCCCUGACCAAGGCCCUUCUCCCCCGAUUGCUCAGUUUGGCCGGGCGGCCAGCUCUAGGAAGAGUCUUGGUGAUUCCAAACUUCUUCAAUUUAAAAAUGAUAGAUGCCACUGUGUUCUUGGGGACCUUCAAUGCUGCAGAAACAUUUUGGGACCCUUCCCCAGAUUUGUCCCUCGACACAAUCCUGUCUCGGAGCUCUACGGACAAUUCCUUCGACCUCACAGCUUGGUUUUUGCUCUGACAUACACUACCAGCAAAAGUUUGGACACACCUACUCAUUCAAGGUUUUUUCUUUAUUUUUACUAUUUUUUACAUUGUAGAAUAAUAGUGAAGACAUUUAAACUAUGAAAUAACACAUAUGGAAUCAUGUAGUAACCAAAAAAAGUGUUAAACAAAUAUAUUUCAAUUUGAGAUUCUUCAAAUAGCCACCCUUUGCCUUGAUGACAGCUUUGCACACGCUUGGCAUUCUCUCAACCAGCUUCAUGAGAUACUCACCUGGAAUGCAUUUCAAUUAACAGGUGUGCCUUCUUAAAAGUUAAGGUAGGCGGGCCUUCUUAAUGUGUUUGAGCCAAUCAGUUGUGUUUUGACAAGGUAAGGGCGGUAUACAGAAGAUAGCCUUAUUUGGUAAUAGACCAAGUCCAUAUUAUGGCAAGAACAGCUCAAAUAAGCAAAGAGAAACAAGAGUCCAUCAUUACUUUACGAACAAUGGCUUCCUGUGUUCUGAUAACCAUGCACCUGCCAAAAACAAGGGGGAUUGCCAGCAGCCAAACCAGUUUAGGAGGUAAUAAUCAAAGGCAGGCAAAGUUACUGUAGGAUAUACACUACCAGUCAAAAGUUUGGACACACCUACUCAUUCAAGGGUAUUUAAUACAUAUGGAAUCAUGUAGUAACCAAAAAAGUGUUAAACAAACCAAAAAAUAUUUUAUAUUUGAGAUUCUUCAAAUAGCCACCCUUUGCCUUGAUGACAGCUUUGCACACUCUUGGCAUUCUCCCAACCAGCUUCAUGAGGUAGUCACCUGGAAUGCAUUUCAAUUAACAGGUGUGCCUUCUUAAAAGUUAAGGUAGGCGGGGUAUACAGAAGAUAGCCCUAUUUGGUAAUGGGACCUUACAUAGACAGGUGUGUGCCUUUCCAAAUCAUGUCCAAUCAAUUGAAUUUACCACAGGUGGAUUCCAAGUUGUAGAAACAUCUCAAGGAUGAGCAAUGGAAACAGGAUGCACCUGAGCUCAAUUCCGAGUCUCAUAGCAAAGGGUUUGAAUACUUAUGUAAAUAAGGUAUUUCGGUUUUUAAUUUUUUAUACAUUUGCAAAAAUUGCUAAAAACCUGUUUUCGCUUUGUCAUUAUGGGGUAUUGUGUGUUGAUUGAAGAGGGGGAAACAUUUUUUAAUCCAUUUUAGAAUACGGCUGUAACAUACCAAAAUGUGGAAAAAGUCAAGGGGUCUGAAUAUUUUCCGCAUGCACUGUAUAAUUUAACAUGAUUUUCUCUGUUAGAUUGACUGGAGUCCCCACAGAAUGUUAUUACUGUAUUCUAGUUCACAUAAUAUAAAUUGUGUUACAGCUGCAUAACAGAGCGUGUCACUGAACGUGCAUGUGUUUCUCCAACAGGAAAGAUGAAUGGAUCAAACAUGGGUCUUGUGCUGCUUGUGUGGAGGGCAUGAACUCUCCCUCGCGUUACUUCCAGAUAUGUCUGAAACUACGCGGCCGCUUCGAUAUAGACCGGUCAGCCCCAUUGCUCACAUUCACACACCUAACCUGCCUGUUUCACAAUUACACAUUGUCAAACCUCUGUUGACAGCUUUUAUCCUGGCUAAGCUACCUGUUCUCCACCCGUUAUUCAGAGCCUUGGAGGAUGCAGGCAUCAAGCCCUCCUGUAACCGGUCUUAUCAAGUAGGUAAUCACCAUCACCUUGGGGAAGGGUUAAGAGACAUCUAUAGGCAUUGCAUUGUGGGGUUUACAGAAACUAAAUUACAAUGCUUUUCAUGUACCAUUAUUUGGAUGUACAGACUGAGACACUGCAUCCAAAUAAGGAUAUGAAGUCUAUAAACAUCGUAAUUCAAUUAUCUUGUCUUUUUGCAGCAUGUGUUUUAGUAGGGAUCUUAUAAAAUAGAACCACUUAAGUGAACUUGUUUGGUUGAGAUCAGAAACAUAAAAGAGAAACCCUGAGAACAUGACAAAUAAUUCAUAUUUAUGACAAAGGCAAUUAACUUUGAACUUAAAAAGUUUACAUGGGGAAGUAGGAUGAAACUUGAAGAAUUCCAGCUGAAUAAGUCACUUAAUGCAUUGUUCUGCCAUCUGUUUAGUACGAUGAAGUCAAGCAUGCUCUGGCCCCAGUCAUUGGAGAUGACCCCGGUGUCCAGAUUCAGUGUAUAAAUGAUGAAAAGGUAAGCUAACAGCUAGGUAAGAAUCCUUAGCCUCUGUCUGUGCCAUCAUGCCAGCUCUUUGUCACUCAGUGUCAUGCCAAACUGUUUGGAGUAGACAAGAGCAAAAACAAAUCUGUGACCAAGCUAAAGCGUCACUGUAGUAUUGUACCAAACCACACAUUAUCACCACUUGAGUGUUGUCCGUUUGCCUUUGGUGUAAUUCGGCAAUGGCACUGAUGCUUCAAAUAUAUUGCAGACGUAGAGAAACAUUGUUCAUUUGUGGGCGUGUAAAUGGAAUCCCUUCCCCCAGGGACGAGAAGUAUUGGUCCAGGUGAAGAUUCCUCUGUCUCAAAACCUCACCCUUGGAUGUCAUCACGAAGAGGACCAGGGAGCUGAACCUCAACCUACCCAGCUCUGGCACACCUCUCCUGGGCACCCCUGUCCAGAGAACUCCACUGUCUUCCACUUCCCUAUAAACCACGACCGCCCACACCAGCCCUGUGACUAG